AUGACCCGAUAUGACAUUCCUGACACUCGUAUUCAUUGGCUCUGUCCUAGAUGUUAUACAUUAGAAUUAACGGAUAUGAAUAAUCAAAUGGUGGAAAUCGACAUUUAUCGAAGUGCUAAUGACGAUGAUGAUUUUGAAGAAAAUAAUGAUAACAUGAACGAAGGAAUCGAAGGUGAGCGAGAAGAUAGUGAUGAAGAGACCGAUUCCGAAUCAAUGGAUGAAGAACCAGGUGAUGUUUCUUUUGAACUCGAAUAUCGUCAAAAUGAAGCAAUGGAAAAACUGCCCUCUGUCUUUCGCUUAUUCAACAUAGAUCCGAUUCAUGACAAGUAA